AUGAGAAGAAUUUUAAGGAUAACUGAUCUCCAGAAUGAUAUUGAAUCACAUACAAAAGAUCUUGAAAUUUUGAAGAAUAGAAGCAAAAAUAUUCUAAAAUCUUUUGAUGAGGCCAUUUCACAAGAUAAAUUUGCUGAUAUUCUCAGACAUAUUUUUGGGAAAAGAUAUCAACAAUCAAAUUCUGAGGAGAUACAGGAUUCAGAUGAUAAUAUAAGCCUUUGUGAAGACAGCUCUUCAGGGGAUGAAACAGGGAAUGAGAGUUUCACUCCACUUGAAAUGCAACCACAGGGAAUUGUUGACAAUGUAUGCCCAGAAGGCUGUAGACAGGAACUGUAUGAAUUGACACUUAAGCUGCGAUCUGACAGACACUUGCUUGAACAAGGAAUUGCAGAAAAAAUAAAAGAAAUAGAAGAAAUUAAAAAAGAAUUAGAAACAAACUCCAAGAAAAUGAAGAGUGUGGAAGUCAACUCAAAAUUAUUGCAACAAAGAUAUGAUGCUCUCCAGGUAUUGUGUGAGAACUGA